AUGCACAACAUAGAAGAAAAAUGGAUGCGACUAUUUGAUAAAAAGCAAUCAUAUGAAAAAAAUUUUGAAUUAUUUACUGAGGAAUUUGAAAGAAUUUGGAAAGAACCAUUAGAUUCUUCCCCAACUAUAAAUAUUUUAGAUCAAUAUAUAGAAAAAGAUAUUCUGGGUCAAGGAGCAUUUGGAAUUGUUAAAUUAUACCAAAAUAAAAAAGACCAAAAGUACAGUGCAGUAAAGGUAUUAUUAAAGGAGUUUUUGGUUAAAAAGAAAUUAAUACAGCACAUAAUGAUGGAAAAGAAAAUUUUGUCUUGUGUAUGUUUUCCUUUCGUUGUAAAUUUAGAAUUUUCGUUUAAAGAUCAUUCAUUUAUUUAUUUGGGGCUACCAUUCAUUAGUGGCGGUGAAUUAUUUGUUUAUCAUAGAAAAGUUAAGAAGUUUAACGAAAAAGAUGCCAGAUUCUAUGGAGCACAAGUUUUUAUGGCUUUAGACUAUCUACACAAAGCAAACAUAGUUUACAGAGACUUAAAGCCGGAAAAUAUUUUGAUUGAUAACAGAGGUUAUAUAAAAAUCACAGACUUUGGAUUUUGCAAGCGGGUUGAAGGUCGAACUUUUACACUUUGCGGCACCCCGGAGUACUUGGCACCAGAAAUUAUCAAAUCAAAACCAUAUGGUAAAAGCGUUGAUUGGUGGGCAUUUGGUGUUCUCUUAUAUGAGUUUGUAGCGGGUGUUUCACCUUUUUAUUUAAAAUCUGAAAAUCAGAUGGAAAUGUAUGAAUCAAUAUGCGCUGGAAAAUACAAAUUUCCAAAUUAUUUCAGUUCUGAUCUGAAAUUUUUAAUUCGAAAUUUAUUGGAAAUUGAUAUUACAAAAAGAUACGGAGAGUUGAAAAAUGGUUCUAAAGAUAUUAAAGACCAUAGUUGGUUUAGUGGCAUCAGUUGGCUGGCCUUAUUAAAUAAAGAAAUAGGAUCACCUUAUGUACCAAAAUUAAAAGAUGGCGGAGACACAAGUUACUUUGAUAAAUUCCAUAAUUUCCCAAUCAUUCCAGCUAAAACAGACUUGUACGCGAACGAGUUCGCAGACUUUUAA